AGUCCCGGCGCAUCGACACGACGUGUGCGUGGUCACUCCGAUGCAGCCCGACGAGUCGGGGUCGGGCGGCAGCGGCAUGCCGGUGGACAUAGACCUGGGCGCCGUGCGCGCGGUGCGCGUGCUGGGCCGCGGCGCCAUGGGCACGGUGUUCCUGGUCGCGGACGACGCAGACGAGCCGGGAGUGCACGCGCUCAAGGUGUUCGACAAGCGCUCCCCUUCUUCUUCCCCUCGCGUCGUCAGCAGGGAGGCCGAUGCCGCCGGCGACGCAGUGAGGCGCGCGCGGUGGGAGGUGUCCGUGCUGUCCCGGCUGGCGCCCCAGAACCACCCGCACCUCCCGUCGCUGCUGGGCCGGGCCGAGACGCCGGACCUGCUGGCGUGGGCCACGCCCUACUGCCCGGGGGGCGACCUCAACGCGGUCCGCCACGCGCAGCCCGACCGCGUCUUCUCCCCUGCCGCCGUCCGGUUCUACGCCGCCGAGCUCGUCUCCGCGAUCGCGGGGCUCCACGCCGCCGGCAUCGCCUACCGCGACCUCAAGCCCGAGAACGUGCUCCUCCGCGCCGACGGCCACGUCACCCUCACCGACUUCGACCUCUCCCGCCUCCUCAUCGUCCCCUCGUCUUCCCCCUCCACGUCUUCCACCACGUCAUCCUCGUGCUCGUGCUCUGCUACGCCUUCGCCGACCACGCCGAAGCCCCGACGGAGACAGUACCGCCACCACCUCCGGCGAAUCUUCGCGAGAAGCGCGUCCGCUCUGGCCGCGCCAUCAUCGACACCCGGACAGGAGGAGGAGCCCCGUAACCUUGCCUGGUUCCUCAACAGAACCCACGGCGGCGCCGGCAAUCUGACGAAGAAGGCGAAAUCCGCGAGGGCGGCGUCAUCGUUGCCGUCCGACCGCGAGAAGCACGCGGGCUUCUGCCCGGCCUCGGCCUCGGCGGCGGCUACGAGGUCGUUCUCGUUCGUGGGGACGGAGGAGUACGUGGCGCCGGAGGUGGUGCGGGGCGACGGGCACGAGUUCGCCGUGGACUGGUGGGCGCUCGGGGUGCUCGUGUACGAGAUGGCGUUCGGGCGGACGCCGUUCCGCGGCCGGAGCCGGAGGGAGACCUUCCGGAACGUGCUGCUCCGGGAGCCCGGUUUUCCCGCGGACGUGCGGCGGCGGUGGCCGGACCUCACGGGCCUCGUCUCGCGCCUGCUGGACAAGGACCCCGCGACCAGGCUCGGGUUCUCGGGCGGCGCCGACGAGGUCAGGGCGCACCCGUUCUUCGCCCGCGUGGCGUGGGACUUGCUCGGGGAGGUGUCCCGGCCGCCCUAUAUCCCCUCGCUGGAUGAUCACGUUGUCUCGGCCGGCGAGGGGUUCAGCGUGGUGGAUUACUUCCACAAGCUUCACCAGCCUCCGCCGCUGCCGCAUGAAUCGCCAGAGUCCGCCUUGCAGGAGUUCUGAGUUCUUUCUCCCCGACCUUUUGUCGUUUCGGACCUUCAAAAAUCACCAUAUGUCGUGACGACGGGUUACUCGCCGUGCCGUUUAAUGUGUAAAUACAGUGGAGACAAGUAGAGAACAGAGUUCGUGGAGACAGCUCUCUUUUUUCAUUAUUUUUGCGAACAAACGAGUUUAUAAGAAAACCCACAUUGAAUUGCAUCUGGUGUGUUCUACUUCAUUAUACAUGAACAUUUGAUGAAUAUAUUAUGUGAGCAUGUUUUCUAGUCA